AUACUCUCCAAGUUCUGUUGAAGAAAAUACAAUUAUAGAAUCGAUUCCAUAAAACAGAAGAGAGAAGGACAAUUCUCUCUCUAUAGAGAGUGUUGGGGUGGGCAAUGGGCACUGCAAAAGCCCACACCUCCCACACCGAUGCACGGUCUUUUUGCUCUUUGGUUCCACGCGUCCCAAUGCUCAGUACGAAAAUUGACCCUUCGCUUCGAUGUAGAUAUAAUAGAUCUUGCUGCCCAAAUUUUUUGCUAGUUUUCUGUUGUUUUGGCAUGCAAUAAUGCUUUACUUGCACUCCUUUAGGUGUUGUAGUCUUGUACUCAGGAGUUUGGUGAAAAAAGCAGAUGGAAAAUAUAGGUUAGUGUUGUUUUAAGGGUACAAUCAUACAAUCAUCCCUUGGUGAACAUUUGAACACUACUAAGAGUAAAACCUACUUAACUUGCACAGAAUCAGGGAGGGAGGGAGGAGAGUGAGAGACAGGGUUGAGUUAAAGGGUUUUCAAGAGUGUACCCAAGCGUUCAACUCAACUUCAACUCAAGUUCAUCUUCAGAUCUUUAUUGCGUAAAAAAUGUUGAAGAUGGGGUUAAUCUUUAGCUUUUCCUUUUUCUGCUUUCUGGGUCUUACGGGUAAGUAAAUGAAUAAAACUUAAAAACCCAAACUUUUAGACAUUGAAUGCUUCCUUUUCAUGCAAAAUGUGGGUUCUUUUUCUUAUACAUCUUCAUCUUUUGAAAAAUUUUCAUGUUCUUUAUUUGCAGGUGCUGGUCAAGAAUCUAUUGAAUACCUUAAGCUUUAUGACACAACUCCAGAGGUUAUUUAUGCAUUAUCUCACAGUGAUCUUCCUAUAGCAGUUCCAGUGAAUGGCAAUGUCCUCAGGGAGGUUUCUAGCAGUGUUUUGAACGCUGAAAGUUGGCUCAGGCUCCAUGUUCUAGCUCACAUUCCAGUUACCAAGAUCACUACCAUUCUUGUGGGUGACACCAUUCUCUGUCAAAAGAAUCAAGAAGAUAACUUGGGUCUUUUACUACCAUCUCUUGAGAACAUUUAUCACACUCUUACGAGGUGGGGUUUAGAGAAAGAUAUCAGAGUGUCUUCUGUUUUCUCUUCUAGUUGUUUGCACCAAAACUCUGCUCUUUUUGGUGAUGAUUUGGCUCAGAAGAUUAUCAAGUCUCUGUUGGAGUUCCUGCAAAAUACAAACUCUACUUACUCCAUUAGCCCUCCCCCAAAUUUUUCUUUCGCUUUACAUGAAAGUUUAACUUUAUUUUCUUCACCUGAAUUUCAUGAAAAGUUUUGAAUGUUUGAGCUUACAAAGGUCAAUGUGAUAGUCUCUAGUCGACAAGAGAAAAAACUCAUGAGCAGGAAGCUCAGAGUCAUGGAUUCGAAGAUAGUAAAACCUUACCCAGCAAGGCCAGCCCCUUUGCCAGAAAUAGCUCCUUCUUCCUUCCAUUCAUCUAUUGGCUUUUCUGUGCCUGCCAAUGUAGCCAAAAAGCCUCAUCCCCCACAGUACCCCACCACUUCACCACCUCCAAUUUCCAUCCCUGUUGAUUCUCCGCCACCAUUUUCCUUCCCUAUUGCUCCAGAGCUGCCUCCGCCUUUUGUUCCCGCCAGUUCACCUAACGGUUUCUAUUUGCCACCUUGUAAUCCAGCUAAUAAUAGAGCUUCGGCACCAGAGAUGGCGGUGGUGCAAAAGCUGUGGUGUGUGGCUAAGCCUAGUGUUCCUGCUGAGACUCUACAGGAAGCAAUGGACUACGCUUGUGGUGAAGGUGGUGCUGAUUGUGAAGAGAUUAUGCCUCAUGGGAGCUGUUUCUAUCCAGAUACCAUUGUUGCGCAUGCUUCUUAUGCUUUCAAUAGCUACUGGCAGAAGACCAAGAGAAAUGGAGGAACUUGCCAUUUUGGAGGCACUGCAAUGAUUAUCAAUGCCGACCCAAGUAAUUGACAUUAGUAUAGUUUGUUCUCAUUCAAGUUCUUAUCUAUCUUGCCAUGCUUUUAAAUAGAGUUCUUAAUUACAGUAUGCCUUAAUGCUUGUUUCAGGUUUUUUUCAAUGUCGUUUUGUUCUCAGCUAAACGAUGGCGAAUUUGGGUUUGUUUCUGUACAAAGUAGGAUCUGUGGGGCCUGAUUGCAAGGUUAAUUUGUCUGCUUUUUCCCUUUAUUCUAAGUGAUUAGAAAAGUAGAAUGAGUGUAGCAAGUGGGACUUAAGAAUUUUGUUUCUUUGUAACUAUUAAUGGGGCAUCCUAUGCACAAAUUUGCAAAAGACUUUUUUUUUACUCCUGUUCUAUAUAUAUAAUGCGCUUUUGCUUUAAUCAUGAAUGUAUAGCUUUCUUUGAUCUCUUCACUUCUGUUCAUAUCUCUUUGCUGGAUUUUCUCGAGAAAGUAGUUGCCCUGGUGUUUUUCCAUUUCCUACUAGGAAUGCAUGUUUGAAAGGCUUCCAACUUCCAAAUUUACUCAACCAAAAUCAAUAUGUUCAUCAAGAUGCCUAAAUGUUGAGUGAUGUUCACUAAUUUAUGUUGACCAUCAAGUAACUAAUCUGUCAUUUACAUGAUUCAAGAGAUAAUUCUUGAAAUUCCUCUAUGGCUAUAACAAUGUUCUGUCCUGAUAAUAUUUCUUCAUUCAUUAAAGCUUAUUUGAGUCUUCAUAAUGAAACAAGA